AAUGAAUAUAAACAUGCCUAAUAAAACCGAAGACUGACAGAAUUCAAAACUGUUAGAAGAUGAAGCGUCGGAUGCUGACCUUCAAGUGGUUCAGACUUCAAAUUGAAAGAAGAUAUUCUUUCAGGUUUAUGUUUUCAUACUGACCUUUCUGACAUAUGCUGUUUUACACUUAAGCAGAGAAGCAUGGUCCUUCCUCAAAGAGGAAGUCAAAGAAGAACAGUCUCCUGGAAUCGGCCUCUCAAGUAAUGACUUGGGCACCAUUGAUAUGUUCUUCUUGUUUUCGUACUCAAUCGGACUGUUCAUCAGCGGCAUUCUUGGAGACAAAAUGAACAAAAACCUCCUGCUCGGGUGUGGAUAUUUGGUAGCUGCUGGAGCAACAGUCAUGGUUGGGCUUGGAGGCCUUUGGAAAAUCAGAUCAGUUUGGUAUUAUGUAGGAUUCUUUGUGAUAAGUGGGUUUGCUCAAUCUGUUGGAUGGCCCUCAGUGGUCGCAGUCAUGGCCAACUGGUUCCCUAAGAAAGGCCGAGGCUUCUGGUUCGGUGUCUGGACCUCCAACCCCAAUGUUGGCAACAUCCUCGGCACACUUGUUUCAAGUCUGGUUAAUGGGGUUAUUGGGCUGAGUUGGGGCUGGACUUGGAUAAUUGUAGCAAUAAUUGUUGGGACUUUUGGGGUGAUUAAUUUCAUCUUUAUGAUUGAACAUCCCAAUAAGGUCGGUGUGGUGAUUCAGGACGAGCUUGAAGAGCAUGAUACUAUGGUCUUAGAGCAUAUUGAUAUAUCAAGAGAACAUGGUGAAGAGUCUAUGAGAAGAAGGGAUCUUACUAAUGAUGAUGAGGAAGAAAAACAACCACAUGAGAGAGAAUCUCAAGAUGUCCAAGAAGAGUUGGAAGCAGUGCAGAGUCAUCAUGAGCAUAAAAAGUUCAACUUCUUCCGGGCUUGGCUGAUCCCUGGUGUCAUCCAAUACUCCAUCUCAUAUCUUGCCCUCAAACUUUGCAAUUACGGUAUAUUACUUUGGUUACCCACUUAUGUGUCGGAAGAGCUAGACUUUUCUACCAGCGAGAAAGCCCUUGUUGCCAUUCUCUACGAUGUCGGCACCAUCAUCGGCAGCGUGUCUCUGGGGCUCCUGUCAGACAUGAUGUACGGAAAGCGAGUCCCAGUGUGUUUUGUUGGACUGUUAAUAGCAACAUGUUUGCACUCCACUCUGAUAUUCCUGGGCAACAACGAGAAAGUCAUCAUUUUCAUAGUAAUCUUUAUCCUGGGGUUCUUCAUCGGAUCCAUUGCAAAUAUCAUAUCUGGGACGGCAUGUGCUGACAUUGGCAAGCACGACUCCAUCAAAGGUAAUGACUCGGCCUUGUCGACUGUCACCGGGAUAGUAGACGGAACAGGAUCUCUGGGAGCUGCUGCUGGGCAGAAAGGAAUAGGAUACAUUCAGGACAACGCGAAUUGGACAGCAGUAUUCAUAAUGAUGACAUCGUUUGUGUUUAUUAGCUCAGUACCAAUUUCAUGAAUCUUUGUAAGAGAAAUAAAAGAGAUAUUCGCCAUUAGGAAAUCUACAAAGGAAGAGAAAAAUGUAAGAUCUUUCUAG